GACUUCGUUUCAUCUAGCUGUCAUUUCUGUUGCGUCGAUAUCGAUCAGACAAAGUAAAAAGUCAACAUUUCAGUGGCAGCCACGCUAUCAGUUUCACCGAUCUGUCUCGCCUUUGCUCUCCUCAAAAGACUAGUUAUGUGUCACAACAGUGGUGAUGCAGCUUGAACUGGACGCUCUCCAACGUUUGCUUUCGUCAUUUAUUACGAUUUUGCGAGUGGACUUUGCACGAAAUAUCAACAUUCAUAUCCCUGAUAUGUUUUAUGCGGAGACACAUUAGCAAAUGGUGAAAAUAUUGUGAAUUUCACACUGACAGAAAUAGUAGCUCUUAUUUGCCAAAAUGAUGGACUCCAAGCUCGGGAUUGUUAGAUGCUUCAUAUUGUCGUUCCUUGCCAAUGCUUUGCUGGUAAAAGGCUCAUACCUUCCUCAAAGAAAAAACUUUGCACACAUAAUGGAUUUGUACCGAGGCCUUGUAAACCACAGUAACUCGGACAUUGUGUUGGCGGUUGACGCAGCAGAUGGAGUGAAGGAGGAUGUCUUCAACGAAAUGAAAAACCUGUCCGAAAUGGCUGUGCAGUGCCUAAGUCAUGUUAAAGGAACUCGCAUUGCUGUGGCGUCUUUUGCCGAGAAAGUGAAGCUUGUUCACCGAUUCCAGGACUGCCAGAAGAACAGCUGUAUCAUCAAGUCUCUUAGGAGCCUAAGACCUGGAAAAGGGAAGCGUGCGACUGCUCGUGUGCUGAAAGAGGCAAAACGGAUUCUAAAAAGUGAUGGACGGAGAAAGACAAAAUGGACCCUUGUUUUGAUAACAUUUGGAGCACCAAGGAUUGCACGAAAACGAACGUUAGUUGUAGCACAACGACUGCAAAAAGUCGGUGCUGAUAUGUAUUUGCUGGCGAUUGGGAAAAGAGCGUUCAACAGUUACGAGACGCUGAAGAGUAUUGUUCGACCAUUCGAAAGCGUGGGAAGAAAAAUUGUGCAGCGACUGUUUCUUUUCAGAGGUCCACAAGACAGGGCUGAUUUCGUCAUGACGAAGGCUGUUCUGAAAAUAGUUUGCGCAAAACGCAGGCCAAACCUGAUGUCGAAGUUGAGAAUGUUAGGUUAGAGAAGCACAAGAGCUGGUAUUCGAUCCAGAAGACGUACAACUCGCAGAUCACGCAGUUAGACAUUCCCCCACUUCGUUUAGACA